AUGAAGAUCACUAAUUUCAUUGGUCUGGUCAUGUUGGGCUUUCUUACCCUUCUGUCCCCCACCCUGGCCAGCCCUCUCACCACAGCCAUUGGUCUUGUCCAAGAUGACAUCGUGGGUCUGAUCAACAACACUGGUCACAUCAACAACACUGAUCAUGUCAACCACACUACCAACCACACUGUCGACCACACUGAUUCUGAAUACACUGAUUCCGACCAAGUCUUCCUGAACAUCAUGGAGAAGCGAUCCUUCCUCGACCAGGUCCUUGUCAAGUACGGCCUCAAGUGCAAGGACGGCCUGGCCAACAGCAAGACUCCGUUCCCCGCCAUAGAUGGGGACGUCUGGCAGCAAGAUGGCAUUGAGCGGCAGUGCGCCACUCUCUUCGACUGCGACGGCCUCGUCGGUGGAAACAAGAUCAUCAAGCAAGCCCGGUCGCGAACCCGGCCUGUAGCACGGAGCGGCUGGGACUGGUGCAACACGAACUGCUACUGCCGCGCUAUCGACGAGCCGGUUCGGCACUACCGCUACAACUUUGGCUGUGUCGACGGCAAGGGGCCUGGUUGGGUGCAGGGAGGAGUAGGCUACUACAAGCGCGACGAAGACUCCCCCAUCGACAUUGGAGAUGGCUUCAAGAUGUCCGAGUCUCGUGGCCCGGUUCGGAAGAAGAAGUGA